AUGGGGCCGGAAGGCUCGGCACGAGGAGAUGGAGGUGUGCAGAGCCAGAAGCGGCCCCCGCGCCGGGCAGCGCCGCUACGCUUUCGCUUCUACCUCGGAGGCGCCGUGGCAGUGCACCUGACCGCCGCUGCGAGCCUCAUCUACGGCCUCUACCUGCUCCAUCCCUUCCUACUCGUGCUCUUCCUCCUUGGCGUCGGUCUGGAGAUGAACAGGCGUCGGAUGAGCACGAGACCGUUCAAGAGCGCCUGGCAGGUGCCCGAUGCCGCGUCGUGGCAGAGGAAAGGAGAUCGACUUGCGGAUCUGAUCGUGGAGUCGGGCCUCUUCAAGCCCAACGCCAUCAAAUACGAAAACAUUCUGCGCCUGCUCGCCAGCAAGGAGCAGGAGCAGCGAAAGCAGCACCUCGAGCAUCAGCAUAAGCAGCAGCAGCAGCGCCUCGACGACGAGACCGACAGCGAGGAGGUGGAGGCCCGCACGGCGAAGGAGGUGCUCGUGUACAGAGAGAUCAUUGAUGAGCUCGAGAGCGUGCCGGGGUGGGUCGACUGGCAGAAGAUCGAGCGGGGGCGCCAGGUGUACAGGGACCACCUGGUGCUCAUCUGCGCCGGCCUGGCCAUCGCCCUCAUCGAAGCCUACUCAUUUCCCAUCGACGCACAGGUAUUGUACAUAAGCGGAGGACUGACGGCGUCAAAGAAAGCGGCAUCCCGACGGCUCAUGGAGACCGGCUACUGGAUCUUCACCGUCAUGAAAGAAGGAGUGCGCGUGGGCUCGAAGGGCCAUGCCGCGUGCGUCAACGUGCGCUUAAUCCAUGCGCUCGCCCGGAAGCUGUGCCUCAUGUCGCCGGAGUGGAGCCAAGGCCACACCACCCUGAGCGAGGUUGACAACGAUGGCCGACAGUUGAGCGAGGAAGAAAUGAAGCAGAAGAUCAGCGAAAACGGGGCCAACACGCUCCUGAUGAAGUUUGUCAAGGUGUCCCAACAGCAGCACCAUGGCGGGCAGAACGACGAGACCACCACCGCCAGCGAGCAGGGUGAAAGCGACCCACCACAAGCGGCGGGGCGAUCGGGCACCGGUGGUGCAAGCCGAGGUCAGAGCCGCCGUAUCCAGGGCGAGCUGCCCAUCAACCAGGCCACCCUGUUGGGCACACUCUUCCUCUUUUGCCACGUCUGCCUUGAAGUGGCGCAAUUGCGUGGGGCCAAGAUCACUGAGGAAGAGAAGGAGAGCUACUGGCAUCUGUGGCGUUACAUCGGCUACAUGCUCGGCAUCGAUGAUCAGGUGAUGCCGCAGAAAUACGACGACGGACUCUCAGCCAGGUUGGGCGCGAUCUACCGGGAAAGGCAGCAACCGGACUACACCAGCAAGCUGCUGACCACGAGCACGGUGGAUGCGAUGGCCGACCUGCCCAGCAUUCCCUUCAAUCGUCCGCUCUUCAACGUUUCCAUCCGCAAGUUUCUCGGCGAGCCCCUGAGCAAUGCGCUGGGCAUCGAGCGGACGGACAGGGCGACCGUGGCGAAGUGGUGGGUGUCGAAGUACUGCUACGUGCUGUGCGACACGUUCAACGUCGUCUUCCCGCCCCUCAAGCAGCUGCAGAACUACCUCUUCUGGCGCUUCGUGGACGAGGUCUACCAGGACAUUUUGUCCCUUCCUAUCUGGCUCCUCGAGUGGUUCUACACAGAAGGCCACCACACUGGUGCGAUGCCCCUUUGGUGGCUGAGGCCAACUGGUCAAUAA